CCCUGCCUUGGGGUCCUUAGUCCAGGGGCUGUGCUGGUCUGUGUGCCCAGUUGCAUUUCAAACCGUGGUUCCUCAGUUUCCCCCGCCAUGAAACGAGGCCAGUUUCCUCUUUGUGGAUUCUGGAUCUCUCUGCAACCGGGCGGGCCUGACCUUACUAAAGUUGGAAAGACGUGAGACAGAAGGGGCCCCGGGAAAGGCCGCAGUCCCCACCUCCCCGGCACUGACCAGUAUGGAGCCGUGCAAGAUGAACUCUGAUCUGGAGUGAUGGGGCUCGGGUUGGAUGUUACUUUUAUCGCAGAGCUCGUGCGUACCCCUGCCAUUGAGGAUUCGAUUUCUCAUUUCCUUUACACACGUGAAAAAAAUUGAGGUUCAGUAAGGAGUGGGCCGCUUAUCUUUCUUGCCUCGCUGUGUGAUCACAAUGGAGUAGGAGCCUGGAGUUUGGAAGUAGCGACUACCGUCCUGAGCAGAGAGAGCUUAGGGACCUUGGACUUCCCUUACAUAGGUUUCAGGGGAGUUCCUGCCAUGGCUCAGUUUUUCCUGUGGAGGUCCCAGGCAGCAAUGAUGGGAUUGCCGGGAUUCACAGACCCAGUGACUGAAAGCCUGUCAGACCUGAGAGGAGAGGUUCCCCCAGCUGUGAGCCUUUGCCUUUCCUGGUGUGACCAUGAGGGUGAGCCCCCCGAAGCAGGAAGAAGGAUGGGUCUUAGCCAGUGAAUGGAGGUGUGUAGGGGACCUGCACAGUUGGGGUGAGGCUCUGAAUCAGCUUGGCUCACCCUGGCUGGCGCUACCGUGGCAGGAGUUGAGGGUGAGGCACAAUUUGAGUGGGCAGCAGUGACGGGAGGAGAGAAGUCAUCUUGGGCAAAGGAUUUGAUUGCCACAGGGGCUGUAAGGAGGUCCCUAGGAAAUAGGCCCCAGAUUCUUGAGUUUGGGGUUGUGGUCCAAGGGGGGACAUGGACUUUUAUCCUGGGUGUUGGGUUCAAGUCCAGCUCAGACCACAAGUUGCCUGUAGGAUGUGCAUCUCAUGCUAGUUUAAUUUGGAUUCCUGCCUCUUUGGUGCUAUGGGCACAGUGGAAUCCAAAGGGGUAACUCUUCGUUGAAGGGGGGCUUUAGUCAUUGGCAAGAGGAUGAGAACCAAAAGCCAAAGCAAAAGUAAAAUACAUAUUAGUUCACAGGGUUGGCUAAUGCUGUGGAUAAAAUAUGGUGUGAUGAGGGUAUGGGAAAGUGGUCUGGGAUGAUGAUGUAGGCAGGACCAGCCAGGGAGGCCUUUUGGAGCUGGCCAUUUGGGAGUGCCGGGUAAAGCACAGUGUGGCGGGGGAGGGGCAGAAGGCGCCAAAGCCCUAGGAAGUGCUGCCUAGCAAGAGAGCAAAGAGCUUUGGGGUAGGAGUCAGCUGAACUGAGAUGCCCAGAGAGGGGCCACAUGGUGAGGACUUGGCUUUCUUUGGCUGUGGAUCAGCAGGGAACUCCUGGAGGGCCCCAAGUGGAGGAGGUCGUGAUGGCUGGCUGGUUUUCAUAGGUGGCUUAGUAAGCACCGGUCCAGGCAAGCAGUGAGUAGGCCUGGAGCCAGGUGUGAGAAGGAUGACUUCUUUGUGUCUUAGAGGUAAGACAGUAGAGCUCCGGAACUGAUCGGAUGUGAGGUGCAAAGGACAGACACUAGAUAAGAGAUCUAGUCUCUCUUCCAUAAGAUGAGCCUGAUGGUGUCUACUCGGGACCGUGGGGACUUGCCAUACUGCCAUGCUCUAGUGUCUCUGGAUACUAGCCUGCAAGCCUGAGGCCAGCUAAAGGAGGUCAGAUCCAGACGGCAUGGCAGUGCUUGUGGGGAAGGGAAUUCCCUGACCAACAGGGCUGGUUGGUGGCCCUGCUCUCUUGGAUGGGCUCCACCGUCACUGCCAAGUGGAAGCAGGGUGGAUGGAGUACUGUGUUCAGCCCAGACUGCGUAGUUAGGCCCCGCCACACAGCUAUGAAGAUGGCUGACCCCAUGUGGAUGACCUCUUUUAUUUACGUGUUUACUUUUGCAUCUCACUGUGUGGCCCAUGCUGUCUUCUAGCUCAGGAUCUUCCUGGCUCAGCUUUCCAAAUGCUGAGAUUAUAGCCGUGUGCUCCCAGGCCGUAUUUGACAUCUCCUGAGGGUGUUCAUGCCCCAGCCACACUUGGGCAUGAGUGGAAGCUGCUUGGUUGGUGGGCCGGUGGGAGGAAGCAUAUCAAAGGAAGGAAUAGGUAGUGAAGCUUAGUGUGUAGGGAAGGGCACUGGACCUGGCCUCACAAAGAGCAGAGAAGCAGGUAGGGAGCAUCAGCAUCAACACCAACAGUGCUCGGGACCCCAGACGCUAUCCCUACUUCUGAUGGCCCUGGGAUUCUUGUUCUCUGGCGCUCUCCAUGUUGGGAGGUGGACAGUCCCUUCGGGACCAAGUGGAAGCGGAAGUCCCAGGGUGUUUUGCCCAUGUAUCCCUCUCCUCCCUCACAGACCGUGGAGCAUGGCUUCCCCAACCAGCCCAGCGCCUUGGCCUUCGACCCCGAGCUUCGCAUCAUGGCCAUCGGCACCAGGUCUGGGGCUGUCAAAAUCUACGGUGCACCUGGAGUGGAGUUUACAGGUCUGCACCGCGAUGCAGCCACCGUCACCCAGAUGCAUUUCCUGCCUGGUCAGGGCCGCCUCCUGACCCUGCUAGAUGACAGCAGCCUGCAUCUGUGGGAGAUCAUCCAUCAUAAUGGCUGUGCCCACCUAGAGGAAGGGCUUAGCUUCCAGCCACCCAGCCGGCCCAGUUUUGACAACGCCAGUGCCCCUGCCAGCCUUACCCGUGUCACCGUGGUCCUGCUGGUAGCUGGCCACACAGCGGCCCUGGGGACUGAGAGUGGCAGCGUUUUUUUCCUGGAUGUCGCCACUCUGACCCUGCUUGAGGGGCAGACUAUCAGCCCAGAUGAGGUUCUGCGCAGUGUGCCAGAUGACUACCGGUGUGGGAAGGCCCUGGGCCCUGUGGAGUCACUCCAGGGACAUCUGCAAGACCCCACCAAAAUCCUCAUAGGCUACAGUCGGGGCUUAUUGGUCAUCUGGAGCCAGGCCACACGGUGUGUGGACCACAUUUUCCUGGGUAACCAGCUGGAGAGCCUGUGUUGGGGCCGUGGUGGCAGCACCGUUAUCAGCUCACACAGCGAUGGCAGCUAUGCCAUCUGGUCCACAGACACUGGCAGCCCCCCAGCGCUGCAGCCCACUGUAGUGACCACACCCUAUGGCCCCUUCCCCUGCAAGGCCAUCAACAAGAUUCUGUGGCGGAGCUGUGAGUCAGGAGACCACUUUAUCAUCUUCAGUGGUGGCAUGCCCCGAGCCAGCUAUGGUGACCGUCACUGUGUGAGUGUACUGCGAGCGGAGACGUUGGUGACCCUGGACUUCACCUCCCGUGUCAUUGACUUCUUCACAGUGCACAGCACGCAGCCAGGGGAUGAAUUCGACGACCCUCAGGCCCUAGCUGUGCUUCUGGAGGAGGAGCUGGUGGUGCUGGACCUGCAGACGCCAGGCUGGCCAGCUGUGCCUGCCCCUUACCUGGCCCCACUGCAUUCAUCCGCUAUCACCUGCUCUGCCCAUGUUGCCAACGUCCCCAGCAAGCUGUGGGCCCGCAUUGUAAGUGCCGGUGAGCGGCAGAGCCCACAGCCUGCCUCCAGUGCCUUGAGUUGGCCCAUUACUGGGGGCCGGAACUUGGCCCAGGAACCCUUGCAGCAUGGGCUGCUGCUGACCGGCCAUGAGGAUGGCACUGUGCGCUUCUGGGACGCCUCUGGUGUGGCGCUAAGGCCACUCUACAAACUGAGCACCGCUGGCCUCUUCCAGACGGACUGUGAACACGCUGACAGCCUGGCCCAGGCUGUGGAGGACGACUGGCCGCCCUUCCGCAAGGUGGGCUGUUUUGACCCCUACAGUGAUGACCCCCGCCUGGGAAUACAGAAGGUUGCACUUUGCAAGUACACAGCCCAGAUGGUGGUGGCUGGCACUGCAGGCCAGGUGCUUGUGCUGGAGCUCAGUGACGUGCCAGCCGAGCAGGCUGUCAGCGUGGCCAGUGUGGAUCUCCUUCAGGAUCGUGAGGGCUUCACAUGGAAGGGCCAUGAGCGGCUGAGCCCACACACAGGGCUGUUGACUUGGCCUGCGGGAUUCCAGCCCCGAAUGCUGGUGCAGUGCCUGCCACCAGCUGCUGUCACCGCUGUCACCCUUCAUGCCGAGUGGAGCCUUGUGGCCUUUGGUACCAGUCAUGGCUUUGGUCUUUUUGACUACCAGCGCAAGAGCCCGGUGCUGGCCAGGUGUACCCUCCACCCCAAUGACUCUUUGGCCAUGGAGGGGCCGCUCUCUCGGGUGAAAUCCCUCAAGAAGUCACUGCGGCAGUCAUUCCGGCGUAUCCGCAAGAGCCGUGUCUCAGGCAAAAAACGGCCUACUACUGCCAGUAGCAAGUUGCAGGAAGCCAACGCACAGCUGGCGGAGCAGCCCUGCCCCCACGACGUGGAGAUGACACCCGUGCAGCGCCGCAUCGAGCCGCGGUCUGCUGACGACUCCCUUUCCGGUGUCGUGCGCUGCCUCUACUUUGCCGACACAUUCCUUCGAGAUGCAACCCACCAUGGGCCCACCAUGUGGGCAGGGACCAACUCGGGCUCCGUAUUUGCCUACGCGCUAGAGGUUCCAGCAGCCGCAGCAGGUGGUGAAAAGCGGCCCGAGCAGGCAGUGGAGGCGGUGCUGGGCAAGGAGGUACAGCUCAUGCACCGGGCACCUGUCGUGGCCAUUGCUGUGUUGGACGGUCGUGGCCGUCCACUGCCUGAGCCCUAUGAGGCUUCCCGGGACCUGGCACAGGCCCCCGACAUGCAGGGUGGGCACGCUGUGCUCAUAGCAUCUGAGGAGCAGUUCAAGGUGUUCACACUGCCCAAGGUGAGCGCUAAGACCAAGUUCAAGCUGACGGCCCACGAAGGCUGUCGUGUGCGCAAGGUCGCCCUGGCCACGUUUGCCAGUGUGAUGUCUGAGGACUACGCUGAGACCUGCCUCGCCUGCCUCACCAACUUGGGUGACGUCCACGUCUUUUCUGUGCCUGGCCUGAGGCCUCAGGUGCACUACUCCUGUAUCCGGAAGGAGGACAUCAGUGGCAUCGCUUCCUGUGUCUUCACACGCCAUGGUCAGGGCUUCUACUUGAUCUCUCCGUCGGAAUUUGAGCGCUUCUCCCUGAGUGCUCGCAAUAUCACGGAGCCACUCUGCUCUCUGGAUAUCAGCUGGCCCCGAAACGCCCCCCAGCCCAGUCUUCAAGACUCACCCAAGCUGAGCCAGGCUAAUGGCACCCGAAACAUCGCCCUGGCCCCAGAGAGCUGUGAAGGAAGCCCUAACUCUGCCCACAGCAAGCGAGCCGACACCGCAGAGCCCCCCGAGACCACGCUCUCACCUGUGUCCGUUGACUCGGCAACGAGUGGGGAUACCACGCUGGACACCACAGGGGACGUCACAGCGGAAUAUGUGAAGGAUUUCCUGGGCUCUCCUGAGGACUCGGAGAAGAACCUUCGGAACCUGGAAGCAGACGAGGCCCGGGCCUACACCCUUCUGGUUAAAUGAGGUGCUGUGAGGCAGCCGAGCCUUACCACGCAGCAGCUGCUGUCCCUUGCCCCAGCUGGGACCCUGGCAGGCCUCUGUGAUGGUGUCACUCCUGGAAGCCUAGCUGCCUUCCCCCAGCUGUCAGAGGCCUAGGGGACCCACAGUCACGAUCAUCACAGUUCAGUGCUAGAAAGGGGAUGUCCUGUCAGCCUUGAGGUCCUGGGCAUUUAGAAGGCCACCUCUGACUGGGUGUAGGAACUGAGGCUCAUCUGUUUAGUGAGCCCAUUUCACAGGACAGUCACUGAGGCUGAUAGGUCCUGCCUGUUGAGCCAGCACAUGGAGCUUAUGUGCCUACCAUAUCCUGCUAUGGACCCAACCUAGCUGGAGCCUGGAGCUAUCUGGACCUUGGUAGCUAGUGCCUCUGCACCCACCCUACAUUGAGCAUAGAUACUACCCACACUCUUCUACUUGGUACCCUCCUAGAUCCCUCGCAAGCCCAUCUCAGGCCAUCACUGAAAGAGCCUGGGUUUGUUCCCCCCAGCCACCACCAUCUGCUUAUCGCAGCCCACUGUCUGCCUUGCCUAGCUCCUUAACUUUGAACCCACACCUGCUAACCUGUGGGAUCAUCGUACUGAUGCUGGGCCCUGAAGACGCCCCCAGUUUGAAGGGCAGUUGGAGGCGUGUGCUAGGAUCCUCUGUCUUGUACUCCAUAAUGUCUCUUCUUUCUCCUCAAGCAGAGUAUUUUUCUAACGCCUGGACUGCGCCGGCCAGUCAUUUCUAAAGCAGUUUUGGUACUUGCUCCUGACCUGUGUGUGUAUGCUCACGUGACUGGAAACUGCUAGGCACUGUAACUGGAGUCAGGCGGGUGUGUGCAUGUGUGUGGGGCGGUGAGGAUGGGCUUCCCUGUAGACUCCACCUUGGGCUUUUCUGUCUUUUUUUAAAAACUAGUUUUAAUAUUAAAAGUACUGAUUUUUUAAUAUUGAAAAUAAAAGCAUUUAAUAUCUUUUAAACUGCA